AUGCGUCCCUCACCCUCUCCUAGUCUCUCUUUUUUCCUUUCUCAUUCUUUAAUUUCUCUCUCAUCACUCCCUUCCAUUUCUUUCCCUUUCCCAUCACAUUCAUUUUAAUAUUUUAUAUUAUUCCUUUUUAUCAACAAUCUCCAACUCUUACCCCACCCAAAAUCACCAUCAACAUUUUCUUUCCAUAUAUAAAUAAAUACCUUUAACUCUUCCUCCCUUCACGCUCCAAAUACAGCAACGUUUUAUUUCUUUCCCUUCCUUUUCUUUCUCCCUUCUUUCCUCAUACGCAAUCACAAUGCAGAGAUAACAACUCCCUCUCAGAUCUCAUUCUUUUCAAAUAGAUAUUGGUUUAAAUUAUCCGUGAAACGUUCCACCCUCUGCCAACAUGGCUCAAGCGAAAUAUACUAGAAUAGAUAAUAAACGAUCUCCAUCGAGUUACUGUUCAACAGUGACUAUUGUUGUGUUUGUGGCUCUAUGCUUGGUUGGGCUUUGGAUGAUGACAUCGUCCUCUGUAGUUCCUGUGCAAAAUGUAGAUGAGUCCCAGGAGACUAAGAGUGAGGUGAAAGAAUCGAGCGAGGUGGUGGAACAGGCAACUGACACCACUAAUACCAAUGCUCGGCAGUUUGAAGACAAGCAAGGAGAUUUGUCUGACGAUGCAACCAAGGAGGGUACUAGUGUCACAUCUGAGAACAAUGCUGACAAACAGGAAGAAAAAUUGGAUGAAAAGUCAGACGAGAAGUCUCCUGAAGAUACCAAGAUGGAAAAUAUUGGUUCAAAUGAGGGCGAGAAGAAAUCCGAUUCUGAUGAGAGCAAUGCCAAAUCUGAUUCUAAUUUGGACAACCAGAAAUCUGAUUCUGAUGAGAGUGAUAAGAAAUCAGAUUCCAAUGAGAGUGAGAAAAAAUAUGAAUCAAAUGAUAAUGAACAAUCUGAUUCAGAUGAAAAGCGGAAUUCAUCUGGUUCAGACGAAAGUGAAAAGAAAACCGAUGACUCGAGUGAAACAACAGAUAAUAAGACAGAAGAAAAGGUAGAUCAAAGUGGUAACCAAGAGUCUGAUGAAAGCUCUAAUGAGAAGAAAACAGAUGAAAAUACCAACAACCAGGGCUCUAAUGAGGUAUUCCCUUCUGUUGGCCAGACAGAGCUUCUGAAUGAAACUACGACACAAACUGGUUCUUUUUCAACCCAGGCAGCAGAGUCAAAGAAUGAAAAGGAGACUCAAAAAACCCCAGAGCAAUCUACCGGGUUCAAUUGGAAAGUCUGCAAUGUCACUGCUGGCCCUGACUACAUUCCAUGCCUUGACAACUUGAAGGCAAUUCGGAACCUUCCAAGUACUAAACACUAUGAACACAGAGAAAGGCAAUGUCCUCAAGAUCCUCCUACCUGCCUCGUCCCUCUUCCUGAAGGAUAUAAACGCCCAAUUGAGUGGCCCAAAAGCAGAGAGAAGAUAUGGUAUUCCAAUGUUCCACACACUAAGCUCGCUGAAUAUAAGGGGCAUCAGAAUUGGGUUAAAGUUACAGGCGAGUACCUUACUUUUCCCGGUGGUGGAACCCAAUUCAAACAUGGUGCGCUUCAUUAUAUUGACACUAUACAACAGUCUGUACCGGAUCUUGCUUGGGGCAAACAAACCCGUGUGAUAUUAGAUGUUGGAUGUGGUGUUGCCAGUUUUGGUGGCUUUCUCUUCGAAAGAGAUGUACUUGCAAUGUCAUUUGCACCAAAAGAUGAACAUGAAGCUCAGGUACAAUUUGCACUUGAAAGGGGAAUUCCUGCUAUAUCUGCUGUGAUGGGCACAAAGAGGCUUCCCUUCCCUGCAAGAGUAUUUGAUGCAGUCCAUUGUGCACGCUGUAGAGUUCCAUGGCAUAUAGAAGGUGGCAAACUUCUCUUGGAGCUGAAUAGAGUAUUGCGACCAGGUGGUUUGUUUGUAUGGUCUGCUACUCCAAUUUAUCAGAAGCUUCCCGAAGAUGUCGAAAUAUGGAAUGCAAUGAAAGCACUAACAAAAGCAUUAUGCUGGGAAGUUGUGUCUAUCACCAAGGAUAAACUCAAUGGAGUUGGUAUAGCUGUAUACAAGAAGCCAGCUUCUAAUGAGUGUUAUGAGCAACGAUCCGAGAAUCAACCUUCUAUAUGUCCAGACUCAGAUGAUCCUAAUGCUGCAUGGAACAUUCCAUUGCAAACUUGCAUACACAAAGCACCAGUGAGUUCAACAGAACGUGGGUCACAAUGGCCAGAGCAGUGGCCAACAAGACUGACCAAAACACCUUUCUGGUUAUCAAAUUCUGAUGUUGGAGUUUAUGGAAAGCCUGCUCCAGAAGAUUUUACUGCUGAUUAUGAACACUGGAAACGUGUAGUGUCCAAGUCUUAUCUAAAUGGGUUGGGCAUUCAGUGGUCCAAUGUGCGCAAUGUCAUGGACAUGAGAUCAGUCUAUGGAGGGUUUGCAGCAGCUUUGAAGGAUUUGAAUAUUUGGGUGAUGAAUGUGGUUCCAGUAGACUCACCAGACACACUUCCUAUUAUUUACGAACGGGGUCUGUUUGGCAUAUAUCAUGAUUGGUGUGAAUCAUUUAGCACAUAUCCCAGGUCCUAUGAUCUACUUCAUGCAGAUCAUCUGUUUUCAAAGCUUAAGAAAAGGUGCAAGUUCGAAGCUGUAGUGGCCGAGGUUGAUAGGAUUCUCAGGCCUGAGGGAAAGCUUAUUGUCCGGGAUACUUCUGAGAUCAUCAACGAGCUUGAGAGCUUGGCGAAGUCUAUGCAGUGGGAGGUUCGCAUGACUUACUCUAAAGAUACGGAGGGAUUUUUAUGUGUCCAGAAGUCCAUGUGGCGGCCUAAAGAAUCGGAGACAGUAGACUAUGCUAUUGGUUAAAGCAUAUUGAUGAGAUGCCAACAAGAGUUAGGUGAUUUUUGGGUUUUGGGUGCUCAAAAUUCUUGUGUAAGUGUGUUUCCACCAUUAUUCGUGUAUUGUUAAGUUAGGCAUUUAUUUUUUUCUUCUUUAUUUUUUCCUUUGGUAAUUUAUUUUGAUCUCCUCUGUUUGGAGGUUUGUUUCUUUUGCUGUAACAUGGUGCCAUAGUUAAGGAAUUCUGAUCACAUUCUUGCCAUUGUAGAGGCCUUGGAUACUUCAUAGUUGAGAUUCUUGAAAGCUAUAGUGAAAUGAGAUAUCCACCAAAUAUUGGUAUUAGUUUU